AUGUUAAAAUAUAUUUAAGAUCAAGAUUUUGGAACCUUUGAAACAUUACCAGUGCAAAGAUAGAAAAAAGUGUUUUGUAUGAAUAUGCCAAUGUAAUAGCUAAUUAAGAGUCGAUCAGUUUCUUAAAUUUUACAUGAUGAACUCAUUACGUUAUAAAAAUCAUCAGCAAGAAAAAAAUAAAAAGAAGAAUCAUAUUAAGAAAGAAUUUCAUCACCAAUAAAACCUAUAGAGAUGUCAUAAUCUAAUUAAUCACUUCCUAAAAUAAAUUUAUAAAAAACUUAAACAGAAUAAUUGAAUAAAACAAAAAAGAGGAUUAAAGUAUUUCAUAACAUUUCAAAAAGACAACAUGAUUUAGAUUAAUGGAAUUAAGCAUUUUAUUAAAAUAGAUCUAUUAAUGGAUAAUCUCCAAGAAUAUAAGAGAUUAAAAGAGCACUUUAAGAAUAGUUGAAUGAUGGAAAAUCUUUAAAUCUCAAUUCAAGUAAUUUAUUGAAAUUGAGUAGAACAGAAAGUCCAAAAAGAAGACCUAAUGUAAUUAUUAAUCUAAAUUUAAUAGCUUUAAACAGAAAAAACAUUGAGAAAUCUUUUAUGUGAAUAUGUUUUAGAUGAUAAAAUAGCUUUUAAUGAUUUGAUACUAGAUAAUAAUCGCUAAGUAUAAGAUCCUAAAUAUAUGAUUGAAUAAGUAAUUAUGAACUAUGAAAUUCUUAAACAAAUAUUUCGUAUAGAAAAAACAAUUACAAAAAUUAUUUUAAAGACUCAAGGUUUAAGCAAGUAAAUUUUAUUAUUAUAAAUUAAGAAAAAUCAUUCAUACAUUCUUUAAAGAAAUUAAACCUAAUUGUCCAAAUGACAUAUCCUAAUUUGAAUAUCAUUUUAAAUUAAGAAGAAAUAUCUCUAAAUCAUUAAUUAUCUCUAAAUUUAUUCUAGGAGUUGAUCCUGAAUUGGAUCCUACUAUAGAAAAAUUAUUAAAUAGAGAAGCAUUAUCACCUGACAUGCAAUCCAUAUUAUUAUCACCUGAAGAACUUUUAUAAAAAGCAUUAGAAACAUUAAAAUUUGAUUAUGACUACUUAAACAAAUUGAAUUAUUUCAAUAUCAACUUAUAAGACUAAAUUAAAUAGAAGUAAGUAAAGGCUAUCUAAAAUAAAUUGCUAUUAAAUGGAAGUAUCAUUGAUUAAAGUAAUCUAUCGUUGGAUUUCGAAUAACCAUCUAGUUUGCUAGCUAAGAUUAAUGAUUGUGAAAGAAGGUUAGGCAAAUUUCAAAAAAUUAGCAAUUAAUCUAGAUUUAAAUGUUUGGAAGCUGAAGCAUAUUUAUAUUAUAGGUGA